UUCACUCAUUUCUCAGUAAUCCCAAACUAGCUCGGACACGUAGACUUCUUGACAUAGUUUAUUUUUCAGAAACAACAUGCUGUCAUUUUCUCGGCGAGAGGAGCAGACACCGCACUGUCACCACCUUCUCUCCACACAUUUUCUUAUUGGUCUCAAAGGUAACUCCUUCACCUGACAAUGUCGAAAUCCGCUUCGGGAAACAGCACCAAGGAGAUCGAGGAGCACAACAGAAUGAUAAUGAGCAAGGCACGUGAAGGAGAUUUAAUCGAAUUUCCACGACCGAUUUAUUCUCACUGGGCUGUUUAUAUCGGUAAUGGAAAGGUCAUAGAGCUGACAACAAUCGUCCAUCCUGGAUCCUCCACUGGGACGCCAGAAGGCAUAGUGCAGGAGGCAGACUUCAUGAAGGUGGCGGGCAGCAGCAAGGCCAAGAUUAAUAAUGAAAAGGAUAAAGACUGGGAACCACGCUUACCAUGGCAAAUCGUUGCAACCGCACGCGAUUUAAUUGGCUCCAGACUCUACCAUUUCCUGAAUUCAAACUGCGAACACUUUGCCAAGUUCUGCCGAUACGGCAAAACAGACAGCGACCAAGCUAAACAAUUUUUGAAGAAGCUUGAAUCUCUGGGAAGCAACGUUACUGCCAUCCUCGGGCUCCUGGCCUCCUUCGUCGUCAUGCGGACCAAAUCCGGGGCCCAGUAUCAGUGACGUCACACUGCCACGUGAAGGGCGAUGGAUGGGUCCCAAGUGCCCCUGACUGAACCCCGGCUCUGGUCACAGGAAACUCCCCACGACAUCAUCUUUAAUACAGUGUAUACACCUGCAACUGCUUGUAUCAGAAAGAAGUGAAAAUCAUCUUGAUGGGUCAAUACGAGUAAUGCCUUAUCCUGUCUUUGUACUUUCUUGUUAUCGUAAUAUUACUAUUACAAUGAGAUGAAACUGAUUGUCGUUUUCUUAACUAUUUGUUCUUCAUUGUUUUAUUUUGUGUACUUUACUCGAUUUUUAAUCCUCUCUAUGUGUGCAUUCGGCAGCCGCGGAGACUGAGCAAUCAUUGCAGUAAUGUCAUCAUACACUCGUCGAGAUAACUGAGUAAUGAAUUAGUUUAUAUACAUUUAUAACAUUACAUACAUCGUGUGCCUCUACACAGCUACACCAGGCACAUAAUCUCUAUAAGAAUUAUAUAUUUACAUUACUUAUGUAUUAUUGACAUUUCAGACCUUUGCCAGUUCCCAAUCAAUGUUGUUACACGUGACCACAGUGUAAACAUGACAUGCACCAUUCCUUGUACUACCUAAAGUUAUCUUUUAUAUAGCUUAUAGAUAGUGAGCGUACUUUUGUUUACAAAAUUUCAUUAAUAAUGAUAUAUUUGAUUAUCUCUUGCACACGAUAAGUGUUUCUAGAAGCUUGCUUUUGCAAACAGACUGUUCUGUUCUCACACAGUUCUUACGACUGUUCAACCUCGGCCUUUAAUUAAUGCUGGAUCCUCGCUGCUUAAUUGUACAUUUAUUAUUGUAGCAAGUCAUUUAACUCAUCUGAUGCUGCCAUGUCACGUUUUAUUGACGAUUUUGUCCAAGGUUUCUCCACAUUUUGUAUUGAAUGCACCUAUUUGCAUUAAAAUAGUUUGUCUUACCAAGUGUACGCUUGAAAUUUAUACUAUUUUUUUUUAAUUAAAAUGUUUAAUUCACAACAAUGCACAUAAAAUGCUCCUUUUCAUGAAGAAAUAAAUCUCUAUGAUGUUUAA